AUGUGUUCUUCGCAUAAGUUCGAAAAGUAUCAUCUGGGUUUUGUUCGGAAAACAACUCAAAAUGGUCAUUUUGCAUAUAAUUAUUUAGACGUUUGUCAACAAUUGCAUGAUUUGGGUAAUCGUCGUAUCUGUCAACGUUUACGACUGACGUAUUUCAUCGGAGAAGCUGUUUAUCGUGACCUAAUACAAAGUAAUUCAGGAAUAAAAUGUUGGAGUAGUGUAGUAAAUUGUCAACAAUAUGUUAGGCUCUUGAUAGAAUUUGGACUUGGUUUACAAUGGCCCGAUGAUGUUGAUGUCACAGAUGAUGUUGCUCCAGAAAUUGUCGACAUUGGUUUUUUCUAUCAAUCAUUUUCAGCUUCCGGUUCAUUUCUUUCAAAUUCACCAUUAAUAUCUCAUCAUAAUUCAACUGAUUAUAAUAAAUAUUUAUUAUCACAAGUAAAUGCUUUUCCUCCAGAUGAACCAAUAUUAUCAUCAACUGUUUGUGAUCGUUCACGGCGCGAGAAUACUAAUACCGGAACUCACUUUAGUCAACAAGCCCUUGGAUUCAUUAAUACAUUUGAAGAAAGAAUUAAGAGUUCAUUUUCAACAUCAUUAGCGUUGAUAAGAGACACAGAUACAUUUAUUAUUGCAAAUCGCUUCUAUAAUUGUUUCUGUAGUAUGUCGUCCAUGUGUUCGACAGAAUUUGAUAUUUGGUAUGAUAACACAAUUGUUUUGAAUAUUAUAGGUUUACGUACGGGUUGUUUUAUAAUAGAAGCUCUUCUUCAAUCUAAUCUUGUCUUUUUCUACAAUCAGUCGCUUUUAAAUCAAUUACAAACGUAUCUUCUUGACAAUGAUCGAUUUAAUAUAAGUGUAGUAGCACUUGAUCCAUCUCUGCCAACUAAUUACACACCUGCGACAACAACUGGUGAUAUUCUUAAAAUGUUAAUGGUUGAAGAUUAG